AUAAAAAUCUAAGGAAUAGGAGAUUUAUAUAGGAACGACAAACGACGAACGAUUGAUUUAAUUAAUAACCGCGCAAAUCGUAGUCGACGUAGAUUCGUAUGUGUUUAUCGACUUGGGUGUUAGCAGCUUAGUUUUGAUUAGAGCUGACUGUUACAAGGAAGCCAGCAACACGUCGCACGGCAUACGUGCCAUUUAGAUUAAUAGGAUAAUAGUGACAAGCAUGUUAGAUAUUCACGAACGGAGCUCUCCGAUCCGUUCAAGUAACUAGCUGCAGUAAGUGUGUCACGGAACGUAGACGAAACUUGCCGUCGUCGCGAGGGCGAAAUUAGCAUUAUUAGCGGCACAUUAACAACUCGCGAAGAAAUCCGCCGAACUUUAAAACUUGUCGUUUCCAUGCGUGAAAGCGUCUCGGUUUGCCGAGCUCGGCAUUGAAUGGACAUUUCAUUCACUACGCGAGGAGAGCAGUCUUCGAAGAGCGGUGGUCCCGAAGGUACCCUCCUUGAUCGGUACGGCUCCGAGAUCGUUAUCGUGAGAAGUGGAUGAAUCUCGGGCUGCCAGAUCUUGUGGCGAUCGAGUCGAGAAGGAGGAGGUAGUACAGCAAGGAGGAGGAGGAGGAGGAAGGAGAAACACAGCGGGCAGAUCUCGGAGACGCCGUCGGGUCCUGCCGUCAGACCCGCUUUAUCCUCCGAUCGACUUGGAGGACUCCUCGCGAGGACCAAAUCGCUGAUAAAUUCUUCCGGCCUUCGAGACACCUAGCUCGUGAGAUGUGGCGGCUGUCGAUACUGAUCGGUAUGAUUGCGAUCACGAGGGCCCGGCCGUACACGGACAGGAUGGCGGUCUCGGGAUCGAUGGUGAACGACAGGACUCUGUUCAUCAGGAGUCUACCGGGUUAUCCUGGAACCAGGAGCGAUCUCUACGAGGUCUACAUGGAACCGUAUUAUUUCGCAGUCGGUCUAAAGGCCGUGGUGGAGAUGAAAGCUCUCGACGAGAAUGGCUCGCCGGUAGAUGGACCUCGAGGGAUGCUGACGUUGGAGCAGCAUCCCGAGGGGGUCAGGGUCACGGGCACGAUCGAGGGGUUGAAGCCGGGCUUGCACGGGUUUCACGUGCACGAGAAAGGAGAUCUGAGGAAAGGUUGCAGUUCGGCUGGUCCGCAUUUCAAUCCGUAUAUGGUGAAUCACGGCGCACCGAGCGAUCCGUUACGUCACGUCGGCGAUCUCGGCAAUAUUGAGGUCGGAGAGGACGGAGUGGCGCAUAUCGACGGCAUGGAUCACUACUUGAGCCUGGUGGGUGUCCGGGGUGCGAUCGGCAGGGCGCUGGUGAUCCACGCGAAACCCGACGACCUCGGCCGCGGCGGCACCGAGGAGAGCCUGAAGACCGGAUCGGCGGGCGAGCGCGUCGCCUGCGGCGUCGUCGGGUUCAUGUAAGAGGAUUUUGACGAACGGCGAAUUCGGCUCUUGCUUGCACUAAAUACGCACUGAAAGCUGCCGUGCUCAACUCGCGCGAUAAGACACUGCGUAGUACGCAGGAUCUCGAAUGUAUGAGGAGCAGGUUUACAAAUUGCGAUUUAUCAAAAAUUUCAUUUUUUUGGAAGGGGGGGACAAUUUUGGAAAAAAAUUUUAUCUUUUUAAAAACUUUAAAAAUUGAUUUUUAAUUUCGCAUUCUUUUUAACAUUUCACGUCGUAUUAAUGAGCACAUUGUUAUUUUCUGUAAAGUGCGUAGUUUUCCUAUGGUUUUCUAAAAAUUAUAAAUUUUAGACAAAAAAUUUUAAAAGUAUACUUUUUAUAUAUAGAUUUUGGUGAACAAGACAAUGUAUUCCUUGUUGAGAACCAAAAUGAUGUGUUUUUCUAUUAGAACUCUCAAUUAGAAACGGUUGCUAUAUAUCUCAUUAUAAUAGAGGAAGGUGAAGCAAGAGAAGGUGGCGAGAUAAGACGCGAUAUCCCCUGUACCACGCGAUUUAAAUGCAGAAAUCACAAUCGAACAUAUGCAUUUGAUGCGAUCCCUCAGUUAUUGAAACGAGUUAGCAAAGUAGGCAACUGCGUUAUUCAUAAUUUAUACUUUUUUAUGAUUUCCUUAUGACUAUCUCAUUUUUUUAUUUGUGACAUUAGUAUUAAAUCAUAGUAAGUGUAUCUCAUUUUGUCCACGGGGAUACUUUGUCUUAUUCUAUCCGUGAGGCCAAGAUGGAGAAAAAGUCUUUUUUUUUUAUUUUUUUUUAAUAAAAUUUAUUUAAGAUUGAUAUUCAAAAAAUAUUUAAGAAGUAAAGAUGAUUUGUUGAGUAUAUGAAAACCUAACUUUUAUUCAUCAUUAAAUUCAUAACUUUUAUUCAUCGUUAACUACAGGUCAUUAAAUCUCGCCCCACCUUCCCUUACUGAAUAUUUCGAAAUACAAUUUUAUUAAUAUUUUAAUAAUUUUUAAAUACUACUCUCUUGAUGAUAUAUUUAAUAAAUCUCGGCAUUUUCUGUUAAAAUACGUAAUUUAAAAUUAUUAUAAAUAUUUAUUACAUAAUGUUUAUUCAUAUAUUAUUAAUGAAAAUAGCAUAAGGAGCUGUUUUGAAACAGGACAUAUUCGUAAAAUAAAAUACAAUCAUCACGAAUGUUAGUCAAGUAAUGCGAUUGUUAUAGUCUAAUUAAUUUUAUUCAGUUAAAGCAAUUACUUGUAAUAUAUUUCGACGUUUAUAGCUAAAUUCGUAUACCUACAACAGCCUGCAGAUUGUGCGCACUAGUGCAUCCACCCAAAUUCGCUAGGAGAAAUGUUGCGUACCGCAACUUCGUUCACUGCUAAUUUAAUUGCGCCCAUUUGUACCGAUCAAUAAAUCACGAAUGUAAUCGAGCACCUAU